CGCGGCGCUGCUGCUGCUGCUGCCUGCGUGCGUCAGGUCCUGCUGGCAACUCGGCAAAGUUCAGGGCAGGCAGGCAGGCAGGCGAGCGGCGCCUUGGAGGCGAGAGGCGCGUCCAGAAGCACCUCCCGGGGGAAAGUUGGUGGCCGUGCGUCGGGGAGGGAGGGCGAGCGACCGGGCUGGGGCGCCUGGCCCCGUCCAUGGAGGGACAGCAGCGGCAGACCUGAGCGGCGGCGGCGGCGGCGGGGGACGCGCGGUUCCGCGGGUCUCCAUGGGCGCAGCUGGGGCGCCUUAGCCGCCUCGCUGCCGUGAUGGCCAAAUGGCUGAACAAGUACUUCAGCCUGGGCAAUAACAAGACCAAGAGCCCCCCGCAGCCGCCCCGGCCGGACUACCGGGACAAGCGCAACGGGACGGCGGUGGCUGGCGGCGGCGGCGGCGGGCACCACAACCACAACCAUCAUCACCACAACCACAACCACACGUCGCCCUGCUUCCCGCGCCACGACACCAGCGACCUGCUCCGCGCCUACCGCGCGCAGAAGGAGCGCGACUUCGAGGACCCCUACAGCGGGCCGGGCUCCUCUCUGCGCAAACUGCGCGCGCUCUGCCGAGCCGAGUACUGCGCGCCCGAGGAGCUGCUGGCCGAGCCGGCCGGCCCCAAGCCCUUCUCGUCGGCGUCCUGCUGCGGAGGCGCCGGAGCGGGCACCGGGAACGCCACCGUCGCCUCCUCCUCGGCUUCGCCGCAGCUCUUCCGCAGCCACAGCGAGCGGCGAGCCGCCACCCCGCCCGACAACGGGGCCGUCAAGUACAUCUCCCCCAAGCACCGGCUGAUCAAGAUCGAGAGCGGCAGCAACGAAGCCGGCAAGGCUGGCGGGGCCCCCAUCACCUGGAGCCCCCCCGGAGGCGGCGGCGGCGGCGGCGCCGCGUCCGCCCAGAAGAAGCUCAACAAGUUCGCGGAGCAGGCGGAAGGCGGCGGGGGCGGCUCCGGCGCCAAGAAAGAGAAAGUCCUAAUAGCAGAUGACUACUCUGACCCAUUUGAUGCCAAAAGUGAGGGGAACAAGACAGGCAAAGGAGAAAGCACUGGCUACAUGGAACCUUAUGAAGCCCAGAGGAUUAUGACAGAAUUCCAGAGGCAAGACAGCGUGAAGACCCAGCCAAAAGACAUCCAGCUGUAUGACACACCUUACGAACCUGAAGGCAACGGUGUGGAGUCGGAUUCCGAAAGUGUAGUGAGUCAGCGCCUGAGAGAGAGCAAGUUGCCACAAGACGACGACAGGCCUGCGGAUGAAUACGACCAGCCGUGGGAGUGGAACAAGGUCACCAUUCCAGCUUUAGCAGCUCAGUUCAACGGAGAAAUGAGGCAAUCUUCCCCUUCCAGUGAUCGGCGUCGACAGCUUCGAGCACCAGGAGGAGGCUUCAAACCCAUCAAGCACGGUAGCCCUGAGUUCUGUGGUAUCCUCGGGGAAAGAGUGGACCCAACAAUCCCACUGGAAAAGCAAAUAUGGUAUCACGGGGCAAUCAGUCGGACAGAUGCAGAAAACCUGUUGCGGUUAUGCAAAGAAUGUAGCUAUCUAGUGAGGAAUAGUCAAACUAGCAAGCAUGACUAUUCUCUUUCGUUAAAGAGCAACCAAGGGUUUAUGCACAUGAAGCUGACGAAAACCAAAGAUAAAUACAUUUUAGGCCAGAACAGCCCUCCGUUUGACAGUGUUCCGGAAGUGAUACAUUACUACACGGCAAAAAAGCUCCCGAUCAAAGGAGCAGAACAUUUGUCGCUCCUCUAUCCUGUGGCUGUCCGGACCUUAUAAUUGCUCUGACCAUUCUCCUUCCUGUGGAUUGGAGACCGUGGAUGAGGAGUGUGGUGGCAGGACUGCGACAGUGUCCGCCACUGCUUCUCACAAUGGGAUUGCCAACUUCUGCCUUUCCAGUAGCCAACAGCAGCUGUCAGCAGAAUGAUGGAUCAUCGUUAAGAAUGGAAUCCUAGCACUGCUUUCCAUGUCCUGCGUGGAAUGUGGUUUCUGUUGACCUGAGUGCCACCGAGCUCGCAUCCUGAAACAGAAGAAAUGGAUCGUUUUUGAGGACUCCCCGACCCUCCAUGAAAGAAAAUGCAAAGAACGACCUUCAAAACUUGCCCGUUGCCUGUCACCAGCAACCGGUCCUUUGUGUGUGUGAUGCGGGAGACAUAAUCUUCCACAUACCCGGAUGGAAUCUGCAAAUGGACACAGACAGACUCUUGUGGAGUGAAGAAGGCUAAGAGAAAAAUUGCCUGUUCAGUGCCCGAGAACUGAGAGUUCACUGCACAUUAUGCACCCAGAUCCAAAUCUGUGUUGUUUUUGUCAUACACAGCUUAAUGCAACACAGAAACCAUGUUUGUUUGUUUGUUUUGGUUGUGUGUGUUUUUUUUUUACCACAAUGCCGAUGUGAUUUGAAGAUCCUUGAUGAGUAAUUUUGCAAUGGCGAAAAAGUGUUCAGUUAUUUAUGACUAGGGUAUGAACUCUAAAUAGUGGUUUAAUAUAUACAUAUAUAUAUUAUAUAUAUUUUUAUUCCCGACCCCUCCUUUUUUGGUACAAUAAUAAAGCUUGUAAGGGUUUUCUGUGCUGAUUCCUUGAUUAAAGGCAGCGAGUCAGUUCUGUAGUGCGCAUACAAUGUGAGUAGUCAUUCCUGGGAGGGGUGCGCGGGCGGGGGGGGUGAUUAUUAUGAUGAGGGUUGAUGUUUACAUGGCUGAAUUUCAGACCAGAAAAGGCCUCUGGAAGGCAAGCUCUUUUGCAUUAAUAAUGUCAUCUUUGCAAAGAGCGUUCCUUGUCAAGAUGUCCAACAGACCGAGAGCCUUAUCCUCUCUUAGGUUCCAUUGGGGGAAAACCUGCGAUUCACUGCUUCUGUUGGUAAGAGGCACAGUGCACCAUGUAGCAAAACCGGGGCUGUCUUCUGACUUCCUUUGAAGCUCUUGAGUACGUGGCUGAGGGUGUCUUCAUCCUGCACAAAAAACAUGGUUCAUUUUUAUUCCUUCCCUGCCUCCAUAGCUAACUGGAAUAGCUACAUCAAAAGACGUCUGGCUCUUGCGAGUUCAACUGAAGUUGGCUUCUACCUCAUCUGUAAAAACAUUAGUUCCCACUUCCCACUGUAUCUACAGCUAGGUCUGGUGCAUGUUGUUUGUGACUCCUAAAGAAAACCCAAUGCAUACGAAGAGUCAAAUUUAAUUGUACAAGAAACACAAGGCUGCUGCCAAAAAUGGCAUCCCUGAGUGGUUUGGAUCAUUCCUUUCUUCUCACACAAGGUGUUAUGGGAGCCAUUGAUGUGGAGCAAGGUUGGGAACUGCUCCCUGUAGUAAUGCAGGGAUGUGAGCUAAGAUGUACUACAUGUUAUAGCUGGGACUUCAAGAUACAUGUGCCUUUUUGGUGGUAAUCCUGUAUUUCUUGUAGUAUUUAACUCUGCCUUAACUGCCUCCAGUAACUUGGGCUGUUUAAUGAGGUUGGAUCCUUUUCCUUGGUAUCACCCGUCUGUAGCACUGUGUUGUUUCUCUAUUGGUGAUCUGAGCUGAGAGUCUGUCAACUUGCAGUUCUCACUCUUUUCAGAUUUGCAGUAAGGCUGUGAAAAUAACCCAUUGUUUUAGCUGGGCUGUCGUUCAAAAUAUGCCAGCUCUCUUUGCGUUUAUGUGCCGGUUUUUAAAAAUGUAAGGUUACCCUGAUGCCUGUGUAAGACAACAACUUCCUUGUAAUGUUACAAUGUGAGAAGAUAAGUUGAAAUGGUUUCUGUUGCCUGAUUCGUUUUAACCCUGUGUGGACCAGUUUUCAAUCUGGCAAUAAUUUCAAGAUGCUGAUUUACCUGUUUCGAGGACAGGAAGUGGGGGGGGGGGGAUCUCUGGAAUAACAUGUGCCGAAUCAGCUGCCGCUAAUCAAAUGGAAUGUUGAACACUGAUUUCUGCAUGCCGCGUGUCUCUCUGUUGUUGUUCUGUUUUUACAAUACUGUGGGGUUUUCUCCCAAAAUGAAGUAAAAACAAAAAAGAAUGUUUUUUUAAAAAAACCAAACCAAAAA